AUGGAGGUCCCACAGGGACUAGCAGUUGACAACCCAGGUUUAGUUUGUAAACUCAACAAAUCUCUCUAUGGCCUGAAACAGGCAAGCAGGCAAUUGUAUGCUAAACUAACAGAAGCUUUAUGCUCAAGGGGUUAUGCACAUUCAAUGUAUGACUACUCUUUGUUUUACAAGAAAAGUGAACACUCUUCUGUUUACAUAGCAGUGUAUGUUGAUGAUAUUGUAGUUAUAGGAACUGACAUUAUGGAGACCACAGAUUUAAAAACAUUCUUGAACAAUAACUUUACAAUAAAGGAUCUGGGAAGGCUGUAUUACUUCUUAGGACUGGAAGUUCUCUACAAAGAUGAUGGUGUAAUAAUUUCCCAGAGAAAAUUUACUCUUGACCUAUUGAAAGAAUACCAAUGCAUGGAUCACAGCAGCAUCAAUUCUCCAUUGGACCCCACUGUGAAGCUUAAAGCUAAGGAAGGAGAGAGGUUGACAGACCCCACUUACUACAAAAAGUUGAUAGGAAAGUUCAAUUUCCUCACCAAUACUAGGCUAUAUAUAGCUUAUAGUGUGCAACACUUAAGCCAAUUCAUGGAUGACCCCAGAGAACCUCACUUAACAGCAGCUUUCCAUCUGCUCAGAUACUUGAAGGGGGACCCCACCUUGGGCAUAUUCCUGUCUAAAGAUCAAGAUUAUACAAUCAGAGCAUAUUGUGAUUCAGAUUGGGCAGCAUGCCCAGAUUCCAGAAAAUCUGUGAGUGGUUAUCUUGUGUUGAUGGGGAGUAGUCCAGUUAGUUGGAAAUCCAAAAAGCAGGAUACUAUCUCCCUCUCCUCUGCAGAGGCAGAAUACAGAGCCUUAAGAAAGGUAGUGGGAGAACUGGUGUGGCUCAAUCGAUUGUUUGAAGAACUUAUAGCACCUUUUUCCAAGCCCAUUGAUGUGUUAUGUGAUAGUCAGUCUGCCAUGCACAUAACCAGGAAUCCUGUAUUCCAUGAGAGAACCAAACAUAUAGAAGUUGACUGUCAUUUUGUAAGAAGCAAGCUACAAGAGGGAUUGAUUUCAUUGCACCAUGUGGGAACAACAGAUCAGCUUGUAGAUAUUCUAACAUAG